AUGGCUGCCCGCGACCCUCGUCCACCUCAUCUCAACCUUCACCUCGAACGCCCACCCAGUGCUACGGAGGACCCUCCAUAUCCUGAGACUCUCAACGCUUCAUCUGAUGUACUCCGGGGCCGCCCAUCCAACCGCGAUUCCCACCGCCCUGCAGCCUCCCCUUCGCCCUCGCCAGGACGUACCAGAUCGCAGACCUUGCCUGUGGUAACGCCCACCUUCAACACCGCCAAGGCCAUCAAGCGGAAGCCUCUCUCCUCGACUGCGUCUCAGUUGGCCGCCCGCUACGGCUCCGGUUCGACCACUCCCUCUGUCUUGUCGCCUUCCGAGUUUUCUGCGCCCGACACGCGUUUCUCCAGAUCCUAUUCUGUCGACAGCCCGACCGUCUACGAGUACCCAGAGAACGUCCGCCCUCUGUUCGCGCCUCCGGCCGCGCACCAGAAACUUGACAUCCAACCCCCACUCACGGAUGCGGUGCACGACGCGGCCUCCUCUGUCUCACGAAACAAACCAAGCACCAACCUUGCGUUUCCUCAAACAAAACCUUCGGACGGCCCGUCAGAACUUGCCUGCUUGACCACCGACGUCAACCCAACCUUCUCCCCUAGGCUACCCAAGCUGACACCUGAGCCCAUCAUCGAGGAGGACACGGGCCACGACUCCGACUCAACUUACAGUCACAACACUAAUGAGAACUCUAUCAUGUCCAUACCCACAUCCAAACCUACGCCUCCUCAUCUGAAUCUCCAAACCGAUCGAGACAGCUCCUCGCAAACCAUCACUACAGUAUUAGAAGUCCGCCAGUCCGGCACGCCCACUACAUCAACACCAACGCUCUCCCUCGAUAAGCCUUUGCCCAAGUCACCGGGCUCUUCCAAGCUAGCCAACUUCUUCGGCUGGGGAUCUUCGCCGUCGCCUUCGACGACAGAAUUCUCCUCUCUUUCUUCGCCCCUAGGAUCACCACGACGUAUCACGCUGACAGAUGACACUCCUCUCACAACCGGAGUACCGUCACUGCAGCCGGAACCGCGAAAAGGGAAUGCCACACCCACAAACGCGCUUGGAUACUGCGAAUCAAACCUGUACACCCCACCGCCUUCCUCCCUAGCCCCAUCACUGCAAAUCGAAGAGAUGGAGGACGAACUCAAGGCCAUCAGCACCGAGCUGGCCUCGUCCAUUCGCCGUGAAAUGGACCUGGAAGACCUUGUCGACAGACUCCAGUCCGAGAUCAACAACCCCCAGGCGCCCGGAAGGAGAACCAGUGACUACUUUUCCGACUCGGGCUACAGCUCUGCCAAGUUCAGCGAGUAUGACCAGAACAGAGAAGAGAUCGAGAAGAUUCAACGACGUGCGGAGCAAGAAAAGGCGUCCAUGCGUCUGGAGUUGACCAACAAGCUCCAAGAGGAACGAUCACGGAGAAGCGAGCUUGAUCAGCAAAUCAAGGAGCUGGCCGAGAAGGCUUCACAAUUCGAUGUGGCGCAAAUCAAUAGCGAUGACGCCAACAACCGCCUCAAGGAGCUGGAGCACACUUGUGAAGACCUACGACGCAGGCUAGGCGAGGAAGUCCAGGUCAAGUCCAAUUUCGAAGACCUACUCUCCGUCCUCAAGGUCGAGCUCCAAAGCACUACCAACGAGCGUGACAACCUGCGCGAUGAGAUUGUGCCCCAAUUGAAGGCGAAGCUUGAUGGGCUCGAGGCCGAGGCUUCCGAGUAUGUCAACCUUACCUACGAGUCAUCCAAGAUGCAACAAGAGUUGGAGGUCCUCAGACAAGAGAACCAGGCACUCAAGGCUUCGGGACAACAUCCUCGGCCAGAGGCCCGUCCUCGAAGCUCUACUACUCGCGUCACUCGAUCCAACUCUGUCACUGCUGCGCCUUUCGUCCUGCAGAAGGCCCCGUCAGGCCUCGGAUUGACUAGGUCCAACACUGUCAAGUCUGGUCUGACGGAGUCUCGCGAGCAAUUAUCGGAGCGCCUGAAGGACGUCGAGGCACAGAGGGAUGCCCUGCACAAUGCGUUGAAGAACCUACUCGAGAGGCAAGAGUUUCAAAACCGGGAGAACGAGAAGAAGAUUAAGUCUCUGGAGGUUGAGCGUGAUCGGUUGAUGGCCACGUCUCCGCGCAAGGCCGGCUUCGAGAAAGAGAUCUCCAGCUUACGUGUGGAGAUCAACGUACUACGUCGCCGUGCCGAAGAGGCGGCCGAACAGAAGUGGCAGGUGGAGAAGGGUCUUGCUGGUCUGAAGAUGGACCUCGACCGUGCCGAAGGAGAGGUGGCCGCCCUCCGUGAUCUGUUGAAGGAGAAGGAUAUCCUUAUCCCACCGUCGAUGGCACGGUCAAGUGCGUACGAGCCAGCCUCGGUUGUGCCCGUCACUUCAGAGUCUCUCGAGGCAGCCUUCAAGGACCUCCAGCUUGCCUACAAGGACUCUCUCCUCAAGAUCAAGGAGUUGGAGAGCCAUGGUCAUGCGCUUGCUGGAGACGAGGCCACUCAGCUGGCCAUGCAGCGACUUGAGCAAUCUCUCACGUCUGCUGUUUACGAUCGCGACGCGGCGAGGGAGGAGGCUUCGGCUUACAAGGAUCAACUGGAAAGCCUUGCCGGUAGCGAGGUCACGCACCUCGAAAGCGAGCGUGCUCUCGCCGACGAGCUUCGCAUUUCUGCCCAGCGCGUCGAGGACCUCGCCUCGCAGGUCCAUAACCAGCUUUCCGUGAACUCGGAACUUCGCCAGCGUCUUGCAGACGCCAUUUCUCGUGGCGACGCAGACCGCAAAGCAAAUGCAGAUCGCAUCACUCGCCUGCAGAGUCGCCUCAAGAAUCUGGAAGAGCAGCUUCAAUCCGCUCAGAUCGCUUCUGAGGAGCGUGUCGCACGGCACGAGGAGCAGCUAAGGGAGCUGAAGGACGCUCAGAGCGCUCAACUCCGCCGGAUGAGCCCCUCCCCCGUUGGCAGCGGCUUCCGCUCUCCGCGCAAGUCGAGUCUGAGCCCCAUGCCCUCGCCUAUGUUCCCUCGAUCGCCGCGCUCUAUGCCGAAGCAGUCCGUCGAGGACGAAACCCAGAUCGACAGGUUGCGCGUCAAAGUCGUUGAGCUGGAGACGGCACUUACGAACGCCGACUCGGAGAUGCAAGACGUCAUUGCCCGCAUGAGUACGGCGCAAAUCGAGGUCUUGACCUUGCAGGAAGAGCGCGAGGCCGCGAGACGCGAAACCAGACGUAUCCAGCAAGAACUGGAAAAGGAGAGAAUGAAGUCUUUCGAGGACCGCUUCAAGUCGCUCAGCAGCACUGCCCAGUGA